UGUUUUUCACCUUGACAUUGAGCAAGGACACACGUUCAUCAAAUAGAAAACCACAGUGUAAAACAGCAGAAUUCCAUAUCUGGUGAAUUUCAAAAUAGAUAUCUAACAAAGCUAAGCUACUUAACAGAAUCGAUGUUGUAAAAAAAAGAAGAAAUAUAAAAAAGGCAAGAAAAUACGCACGCUUUGAGUCCUCUCGGGUUCCGUUCAACUUGUGGUCACAACGACAAAGCGAAAAAAAAAGGUUAGCGAUUAGCUAGUCAGCUAAUCCCUCGCAUAACUCAGUCGCUGCACAUUUCACAGGUUUAUGAAGAAAUGGAAAUGUUCAGGGGACCGGUAAGCGAAAGACAAUUGUAUCUGAGAUUGUACAUAAUAUAUGGUUUGUAGUUACAGUACAAGGAGCAAGUGGGAGGACACAUGUCAGCCCCGAGUUGCUAGCUAACGGUAGUUACACGGAGACUAACAAAGUAAGUAACUGAGACUGUCAAAGGCUUUGGUAGGCACCUAGUAAUUAUGGUAUGAAUUAAUCAUUCUAGCCAGUUGCGUAAUUUCAAGCAAACUAAUUAACUAAUUAGUUAAUGGACUGAAAAUAGGAUUUCGUCAAAUAAAUAGUUAAUAGUAUUAAGCUAUUUGGCUACUCAAAAUCAAUGGGGGGGGUCAGUGUUAGCUAGUUACGUCACUCCCACAUGAUUGACAGCUAGCCAUGUAAACCAUGAUGAGAAGUGUGUGUGUGUGUGUGUGUGUGUGUGUGUGUGUGUGUGUGUCAACAACAACACAAACUCUCGCGUACUGUCACUCGUGCUGGUUAUUUUGACGCCACCAAGCUACCAGUAGGGACUGUAUGCAAUUCAGUGAGGCAGUGUUACCAUUAACUAGUCAUUUUUGUAAGUUGUCUUGUGUCCAAUGUUGUUUGCCGUAUUCAAUACAGGGCUGAAUUUAGAAACGGAUUUGGAGUUUUUCAAGUUGAAUUAUGCAUCAGCAUUGCCAUGGACAAAUCUCAGUGAUGGAGUCCCAGAGGAAAAGGUAUGCAGCUCCGAGCUCUGGUGAGGACAGUUCAGGGGAGCGAGGUUCGCUCCACACCUGGAAGGGCUACUCCUGUAGUGUCACCCCAGAGAGAGUGCUCCUGUCCAGGCCUGUGCUGCAGGCUGCCCUGGGAACACGCCAUGGGGUUCUAUUGGUGGAGGGUGGGCAGGUGUACAGCUUUGGUGAGUUCCGAUGGAAACAGAGCCAGGUCUCAGAGGUGGGCCCCCUGAAGCCCGUCCUAGAGAGCGCUCUCAGCGGCCAGUGCGUUGUCGCCGUGGCAGCGGGCAGCUUCCACAGCGGGGCGGUUACCGAGGACGGCGGGGUCCACAUGUGGGGGGAGAACUCCUUCGGCCAGUGUGGCCUGUCCAGCCUCACUGUAGUCCCCAACCCUACUCCAGUGGCUGUCCUGGACCCCGACACCAGCCCCCCUCAUACCAUCCGGGUCCUGGAGCUGGCCUGCGGGGAGCAGCACUCCCUUGCUCUCUCUGCCCAGCACGAGGUGUGGGCCUGGGGCAGCGGCUGCCAGCUGGGCCUGGUCACUACCAUCUUCCCCGUAUGGAAGCCCCAGAAGGUGGAGCACCUGGCGGGCAGACACGUCCUUCAGGUGGCCUGUGGGGCCUUCCACAGCCUUGCCUUGGUGCGUUGCCUACCACCUCAGGAGGCCCGGCGGCCCCUGCCAGACAAGUGUGGCCAGUGCAACCAGCUGCUCUACACCAUGACGGACAAGGAGGACCACGUCAUUAUCUCAGAUAGUCAUUACUGCCCCCUAGGGGUGGAGUUGCUGGCUGACGGAGAGGCCAGGCUGGAGCCUGGAAGGUCCCCUCCGCUCAGGCUCCGGGGCUCCCCUUCAGAGCCCCUCUCCUCUCAUACCUCGGCCUCAGCGCCUGGUCUCCAUCCCUCCAUAACAGACCAUACAGACUAUGAGAGGAGGACAGUGGCACAGAAUGGGGAAAUCUUAACCACUACAGACUCUGACAUCUCUGCUGCUGGGACAGACUCAGAUCGAACUGUUGGCGGUGUGGGGGGUGCAGGGUCUCAGAACUCCCCCUACCCUGAUGAUCAGGCAGUGAAAGAAUAUCUCAAGAAACUGUCUGACACCUCAUUGGCUGAGGAGACUGCCAAGAUGACCAUAGCAGGAGCAAGUUUUCAGCCCCCAGCAGAUAGCCUUGACCUCCUGACCUCUGACCUCCUCCCUGGGGUCAUGCCAGUGACCACCAGCUCUGCCCUCAACAGCCUGGUCUCAUCCUGUGCCUCCGCCGUGGCCGAGAGAGUGGUCUCCACCUGCGAGGCUCUGUCCCUGAAGAAGAGGAUUAACUGCUACUACCCUGGGGUUGGGGGUGUAGCAGGAGCACCCGGUGGGGUGCCAGGAGGGUUUCCAGGGGGCCCCGCGGAGGAGCGGGUGCGUCUGGAGGAGUCUAUGCAGGGGAAGAAGAGCUGCAGCACGGGGGAUAUCCGUGAGGAGGAGGCCGAGGGCCUGAGUCGACGUCUCUCUCUGCCUGGACUCCUCUCUCAGGUGUCCCCCAGGUUACUGCGGAGGGCCAGCCGGCCCAGGGUGCGAGCGGUGCCCCUCACCCCUGUGGGAGGGCUCCCAGAGGCGGGGGAGCUGCUCCCUUCCCUGCAGACCGAGGUGUGGAGCUGGGGGCGUGGUGAGGAGGGCCAGCUAGGCCACGGGGACAACCUCCCCAGGCUGCAGCCACUGUGUAUCAAGUGCCUGAGCAGUAAGGAGGUGGUGCUUGUGGCUGCUGGGGCACAUCACUCCCUGGCCCUGACGGCACAGUCCCAGGUCUUCUCCUGGGGUAGUAACAGCUCUGGCCAGCUAGGACACAUGGCGUGUCCUACUACUAUCCCUCGCCUUGCCAAGCUGUCUGAGGGGAUCCGUGUAUGGGACGUGGGUGCGGGGGCGCAGCACACCCUCCUCCUGGCCGAUGGGGACUGUUACCAGCCCAUCCUUUACUAUAGCGGACAGCAGGUCAGAGAGGCGGCUCAGGACGCACCCCAGGACCAGACAGAGGGGUACAGCUACACCCAGCAACCAGUGCUGCUCCCCUUCUGCAUGAACCUGGGCUACGUGAGCGGUGUGUUUGCGGGGGGCCAGAGCUGCGUGGCGCUAGCCGACCGCAACGUCACGGGUUUCAUCGCCAGCCUCCACGAGCUGGCUGCUGCCGAGAGGAAGUUCUACUGCAAGCUGAGCUCUGUGAAGAACCAAAUCCUGCGACCCCUGUUGGACCUGGGUGAGAACUGCUACAGCUCCGCUGGACAGAGGCCAUGGGUCAGAGAGUCGUUGGGUACAGCCCUAGGCCCGGCGUCCACAGUGCUGCUACAGAGCCUGGCGAGGUGUUAUUGCCGCCUGUGCCACCUCACUGGGCAGCACUCCGCCUUGCUCACCGCCAACCUGCGCCGCCGUCGGGAGGUGAAAAGCUUGGUUAUGCUGGAGCACGCCAGCAUCUUCCUGGACACGUACAAUGAGUACUGCUGCUCUGUGGGUAACUUCCUGGUGAUGGGGGGCUUCCAAGCUCUGGCCAAGCCCUCGCUAGAUUUCUUUGGGAAGUGUCCAGAGCUGUUGCAGCGGCUGGCAGAGUCCAGCGAGGAGAACAUUCCUCUGAGUGACCUGUUGGUGGCGCUCUUCUACCUGCCCAUGAGACACCUUCACGAGUAUGGCAGGCUGCUGCUCAAACUGGGAACCUGCUUCGAGGUGAGCUCAGUGGACUACCAGAAGCUGCAGGACGGCUGCUCUAAGUUUGAGGCCCUGGCUCUUCAUCUGAAGAGGAGGAGGAAGGAGGCAGAGUACACGUACCACUUCUGGAAGAGCUUCCCUGGCAAGAUGACGGUCAGUGGCCUGGAUUCCCUGCGUAAGCCCCCCCGGAGGCUGAUCUGUGAGAGCAGUAACAAGGCCCUGACGCUACAGAACUCUGGAAGGUUCUCUGUCAACUGGUUCAUCCUCUUCAAUGAUGCACUCGUCCACGCUCAGGGCGUGGUUCCCUAUAAAAGCCUUUUCUCCACCCACCAUGUCUUCCCAUUGGCCACACUGUGGGUCGAGCCCAUCCCUGAGGAGAACACUGACCUGUAUGGACUGAAGGUGAUCUCACCUGAGGAGACCUUCACCUUGCUGGCCUGUUCUUCCAUGGAGAAGGCCAAGUGGCUUCGCUCCAUCAAGCAGGCGGUGGACCAGGCCAUGAGUGGGGCGGGGCAGUCAGGCUCAGGGGCAGGGCAGAGGGCGGAGCCUCCCAUCUCCCGGACUGCCUCCUACACCUUCUACAAGGACAGCCGUCUGAAGGAGGCCACCUACGAGGGCCGCUGGCUGGCCGGCAAGCCCAAUGGGAGGGGAAUGGUGAAGUGGCUUGAUGGGAGAAUUUACACGGGGACGUUCAAGAACGGACUGGAGGAUGGUUUUGGAGAUUACGUUAUGCCCAGCAAGACGUUGAACCUGAACGACCACUAUCAAGGCCACUGGAAAGAAGGGAAGAUGCACGGCAUCGGAACAUACAAGUAUGCUACAGGUGAGUUGUACGAGGGCUCGUUCCAGGACAACAUGCGUCACGGUCACGGGAUGCUGCGCAGCGGCACGCUGAACUCCUCCUCCCCCAGCGUCUUCAUCGGCCAAUGGGUGCACGACAAGAAGACGGGCUACGGCGUCUUUGAUGACAUCACCAGAGGAGAGAAGUACAUGGGCAUGUGGCAGGAUGACCAGCGGCAGGGCACGGGCGUCAUAGUAACCCAGUUUGGCCUGUACUACGAGGGAGCCUUCAACAACAACAAGAUGCAGGGCACAGGGGUCUUGCUGUCUGAGGACAACACCACAUAUGAAGGAGAGUUCUCGGAGGACUGGACUCUCAACGGGAAGGGUGUGCUGACCAUGGCUAAUGGGGACUACUUUGAGGGCACCUUCACCGGGGAGUGGGGCUCCGGCCUGAAGGUCACCGGAUCCUUCUUCAAACCCAACCUCUACGACUCAGACGGGGACAAGGGCCGCGCUGUUAAGCUGGGGCGCCUGGCGGUGCGUCCGGAGGAGAAGUGGAGGGCAGUGUUUGAGGAGUGUUGGAUGAGGCUGGGCUGUGAGGCCCCUGGCCAGGGAGAGAACCAGAGAGCCUGGGAGAACAUCGCUGUAGCCCUGACCACCAGCAGGAGACAGCACAGAGACUGCCCGGAGAUGAACCUGAGUCAGAGUCAUAACAGAACUCUGGAGAGUCUGGAGUUCAACCCUCAGCAGCAUGUUGGCCCUGUUACCAUGGAGAAGUAUGACCGUAUCCGCCAUUACCUCAUCAAGGCGUGUGACACGCCCCUGCACCCCCUGGGCAGGCUGAUGGAGACCCUAGUGGCUGUCUACAGGAUGACCUACGUGGGGGUGGGGGCCAACCGCCGCCUCCUACUGCAGGCUGUCAACGAGAUCAUGUCCUACCUGGCACGCAUCUUCCAGCUCGUCAGGUUCCUGUUCCCAGAUCUGCCUGAGGAGGGUGGAGUGAUCCCUGAACCAUCCUCUGACCCCCAGGACAAGAAGGAUUCCAACUGCGCAGACACCCAGCUAGAAUCCCCCAAACCUGGGCGUGUAGUGAGUAGCUCCUCUCUGCUCCUGCCGGUGUUACUGCCUCGUCUCUACCCCCCUCUCUUCACCCUGUACGCCCUGGAGAAGGAGAGGGAGGACAACGUGUACUGGGAGUGUGUCCUCCGCCUCAACAAACAGCCAGACAUGGCCCUGCUCGCCUUCCUCGGAGUGCAACAUAAGUUUUGGCCGGUUUCGGUUCCAGUGCUGGGGGAGAGGACAGAGGUUGUGUCCAGCACAAAAGAUGCCUGUUUUGCCUCGGCAACGGAGACCUUACAGCAGAUCAGCACAACGUUCACACCAUCCGACAAGCUGCAGGUGAUCCAGCUGACAUUCGAGGAGAUCACAAAGGAAGUGGUGUCAUCACUGGAGGAUAGCUUCCUGUGGUCCAUGGACGACCUGUUUCCUGUGUUCCUCUACGUGGUGCUGCGCGCCCGGAUCAGGAAUCUGGGGUCAGAGGUGAGUCUGAUAGAGGACUUGAUGGACCCCUGUGUACAGCAUGGAGAACACGGCAUCAUGUUCACCACUCUCAAGGCGUGUUACUAUCAGAUCCAGCAUGAGAAGACCACAUGAGAACCACAGAGAAUCUCUGUACUGUAUAUUGCAGCAGCUCUGUAAAGUGGCAGUCAGACAGACAGCCGAUUUUAGAGGGAAGGGAUUGGAGAGGUUUUGAGUGAUGCUGUGUCAGGGUUGUCACAGGAGGAUCAUGAUGAUUGACAGACAGGCUGCUGACUGUCCAUCUGCUCCCCCGUAAGCAGGACCCCCUCCCCCUUUACAUACACACAUACACGGAUGCAUGCUCUUACACACACACACACACACACACACACACUACAAAGCUCCCCGCUCUAACCACUGCCUAAUAGUGACCGUGUCAUCAGGCUUAAACACCUACUUGAUUGAUCAGGUUGACCUCUGUAAAACCCUUGUUGUAAAACUGUUUUGGCAGUUUGGCCAGUUUAUCUGUCAAUAGGCUUUGUAACACCUUAGCCCCUGAAUGAAGGAACCUUCUCCUUGUAGCCGUCUGGAAUAGGGGCUUACUGUGAUGUGGGCAGAGCCAGUGGAGUUUCAGCCUUAUCGUGGACUGUUGUGAAUAUGACUGGCUAUUUACUAUUCACGCUGUAUUAGUGGAAGAGAUCGCUGCCUCUUUUGUCACCCAGCGCUGGUAUUGAAAUGGAAGUCUACGAAGAGAAACUUCAAAUCCAAGUGAGACUCGCCCUUAGCAUGGAGCCUGUCUAAUAACAAGACGCCAUCUUGUAUGUAUGAGGUGGCAACAAGUACGCGUCUCAUGGCCACCUGUUGCUUCCAUCGGACCUCAGCCCUCAAAGCACAUGUUAGUUAAUGGACCAACACAGUACGUCACAUUGAUGUCACUUAAAACAAGGAAAGAGUUGAACCGCCCAGAUGCAGUGACGUCUGUGUACACCGAGCGCUAGCCUACGCUCACUCAGACCAACGCAAGUUGAAGUUGUUUUGUAGAAUGUACACUCCAUACAGUUUCGGUGUUCUUGUUGUAUUCAUUGUUCAGAACAAUCUUGAAUAUACAGCUCUAUUCAGGUGAUUUGAAGACGUGAAGUUGGGUGGCGCUCUGUUUCUCAUGUGAUGCAGUUAAAUGACAGCCAGCUAAUGUGCACCUCACCUGCUGGCCGCUAAAACAUUUCAAUUCAUACUGUAUUAUUUGUGUUUAUAACCUCUCUGUUUGCACAAUAUUUAUAAUGCUACAAGGUGGUUCUUUCAGGUCACUUUGUCAUUCUACACCAGAGCUAAAACCUCAGCCACCUACAUGAAAUGUUGACACUUGAUGGGUAAACCCAUAUAAGAAGACUGUUUGUUUAUUUUCUGUUAUAAACCUUUUCCUGCAAUAUAGCUAAUGUAAUAUUCAUGUUUGUGGUUCUUCAAAUCAGAUUAAGACUUUUACUAGGAAGCAAUAUUGUUUAUGCGUGUGUUUGGUGUGCUCCCUGUCAUGCAGACAGACUUAUGACAGUAUGAUGCAGUAUUUGUACCUGCAAGGCAAUCGCUACACUGAAGAAACUGUCUCUGUUCAGCUUGUUGGGGUCUGAUCAUGUUGUAAUAGCAAUAUGAUGGUUAUACAGUGACAUUGAAGUCUACCAAAAGAAAUUCUUCCUGUUGAAGAAUUAUUAAUGUGGAGAAUAGAAUUUGUCACAACUGUUAUUGAUUGUUUGAUGGGACACGCAGUACAUAAGAAUCUAUAUUUUAAACAGAAUUUGAUUGUAACCUGGUAUUUGGUUAAUUCUUUAUUCAGCUUGUUUGUAAUUUGUAUGGUCAUGCCAAGGUUUACCUCCAUUUUCCCCCCAUAAUUCCUUUGGAAAGGACUUUGAUUAUUUAACUGUAUAUUUGUUUACACCUAAAACACAUGGCAUGAGGUGCUGCAUGAUAUAAUAUCUCUACAGUGUUUUACCCAUAGACUGCAUAACAUACAGUUUGAUCUAUGAAGGAAGAUCUGCCUGCUUGUUUUUAUUUUUUAUUUAAACUUUAUUUAACUCCGUUAAGAACAAAUUCUUAUUUACAAUAACAGCCGAACCCAGACGAUGCCGCCCUAUUGGACUCCCAAUCACGGCCGUUUGUGAUACAGCCUUGAUUCAAACCAGGUUGCCUGUAGAGACACCUCUAGCACUGAGAUGCAGUGCCCCAGUGUUCUCUGUAUGUUGUCACAUUUGUCCUUUUUAGGGGAAUGAUGUCAGCAUUUUGUCUAAUGUACAUAUCUUAAUGUAAACAAAGGGCAAUAAAGCCAACUGACAAAGUUCUCUUUGAAUAAAAUGUGCCUCUGUA